UUAUUAUUACUGUCUUCGACAUGGCGGAUAUCAAGAGCUUGGAACACACACAACAGUGGUUAUCAGAGGCACUGCGGGAAAAUGAACCAGACUCUUGUUUUGUUUUCUUGGUUGGCACAAAAAGAGACCUCCUGUCUGCAGAAGAGUGCCAGAGAACAGAGAGCGAUGCCAUAAAGAUUGCAGCAGAAAUGAACGCUGAGUUUUGGUCGUUGUCCUCAAAAACAGGGGAGAAUGUCCAGGAGUUUUUCUUUCGCGUGGCAGCUCUGGCCUUUGAAGAUGCCAUAAUGAAGGACCUGGAGACAGGAAGCAGCACGGCUCAGAUUGGAGAUGGAAAUAUUCUCGAUGAUAACGCACUGGAAGAUGCACAGGAAAAGCCAAAGAAGAAGUCCUGUUGUUGACCCUCAAUGGUUCAAGAAGAAGAAAUAACCAAUUUGUAUUACAGGACAGAAUAAAUGUUUAACCUAGUAGAAAACAAAGUCUUUUGGUUGACAUAACCAACCUCUGAGUUGGUGCAUCACUAAUGUACUCUCUGAGAGGGACCACCUUAUCAGAACACAUAAAAAUAAGGGACUGACAUCAAAUAUGAUUUCAAACAUUUGACUUAUACUGUAGUAUUAACGUCAGUAUUUUUGCUGCAUAAACUGCCAUUUAAUAAUUGCAUUGUGUUUUUCCUU